CAAAAUGAAGUUAAAAGUGAACUUUUUUUGUGUACUUUCAUUAUAUCUUUUUGGAAAAGUUUUAAAUCAAGAUAAUAGUGAAAAUUUGAACAAAACUUACACAAAAUUGAAAAUUGAAGACGGUUAUGUUAAAGGAACCAAAGGAACUACACGGGGUAAAGGAACACCUUAUUACGCCUUUUUAGGAAUUCCAUAUGCCAAACCACCUCUUGGAGAUCUGAGAUUUGAGGCUCCUCAAAAAAAUGAAAAAUGGGAAGGCGUUUGGGAUGCAACUAAGGAUGGAUCAGAAUGUGUGCAAAGACUAUUACCCAUUCAAGGUUCAGAGGAUUGCUUAUAUAUUAAUGUUUAUACGCCUGAUUUAACCUUAAAUGGAAAUCUGUCAGUAAUGGUUUGGAUACACGGUGGAGCAUUUAUCCAUGGAAAUUCGUCAUAUGGUCAAUACGGUCCAGACCCCAUUUUAGAUUAUGACGUUGUAUUUGUAUCUUUUAAUUAUCGUCUUGGAGUAUUUGGCUUCUUAAGUACAGAAGAUAUGGCGGCACCAGGUAAUGCAGCUCUCAAGGAUCAAAAUCUAGCUCUGAGAUGGGUACAAUCAAACAUUAAACAUUUUGGAGGCGAUCCAAAAAAAGUAACAUUAUUUGGAGAAAGUGCAGGUGCAGCUUCAGUUUCAUAUCAACUUCAGUCUAAGAAAUCAAAAGGAUUAUUCAGAGCAGCUAUUAUGCAAAGCGGAAAUUCUUUGUGUUUGUGGUCGCUAAAUAGAAAUGCACGAAAAAUCGCUAAAGAGACUGCACUUGCACUUGGUUUUAACACGAGAAAUACCACUGAAAUGGUGGCGAACCUGAAGAAAGUAAAUUAUACAGAUCUCCAUCGAGUCAGCCUCGUUACAUCUGUUACAAUAACGCUAGGGAAUCCUUUGGCUGGUAUAAUGUUCAGCCCUGUAAUCGAACCAUAUCAUAAGGAUGCUUUCUUUUACAACUAUAGCGACGUUUUAUUAAGAAAGGGGGAAUACAAUCGAGUUCCUGUAAUAAUUGGUGUCAAUUCAAACGAGGCGGCAGUUGCGAAUGGUAUUCCAGCUCUGAUUAACCUUUACUUUACAAGAUAUGAUUUCGAUUACACCUUGUUAGCUCCUGUGGAUAUAAAUAAAAAUAAAAUACGUAGGGAUUCUGCUGCUUUUGCCAUUAAAUAUCACUAUUUUGGAAUAACACCAUUAGCUAUACAGGAAACGCAGUUAAUAGAAUUUGUCAGUGAUGAUCAAUUUAAUAGACCUACACGACGAACUGUUCUCGAUAUGGCAAAAUAUUCGCCAGUCUACUUUUAUGUAUUCUCAUAUAAAGGACUACUUGGGGAUGGUGCAAAUGGAACUUUUAAAGGUGUUGGUCAUGGCGAAGAUCUUGGAUUUUUCUUCAACAGUCCAAAUGAGCCAGGUACAAAGUCAGACGAGCUAGUUCGAUCUCGAUUAAUAACUAUGUGGACAAAUUUUGCUAAAUAUGGUGAACCGACUCCAAAAAAAGAUGGACUGCUUCAAAACGUGAUAUGGCAAAAAAGUACCAGCAAUAUAAGGAAACUCCCCUAUUUGGAUAUUUCAAAUAAAUUAGAAGUAAAAUACAAUCCAUUUGAAGCUAACAUGGCAUUUUAUGAUAAAGUUUAUAGACUUCAAGGAGCCCCUCCACAUGAUACUUAUUAAAUAUCUUAUAUUAGUAAGAAAUACACGCAUUUAAAAAUGAAA